AUCAAGCUUUAAGUGAAUUUCGAUGAUUAUUUACUUUUCAUCCCUAGUGGUUAAUAAGUCAAUUGUGACCCUGGAGUAUGCAAGAACAUGUUAAAGCUGUUAGUUAUCAAGAAAAAUCGCAAAAUUUGCGACGGUUCAACGUCUUUCAGCGUUGUUUUCAACCAAUUUUUGUGGUGAAAUGACACUAAAUUUUGUACACAUUUUGUUGGCAGCUGUUUAUCUUGCAUUACUAUUGCAAGUUCAAGGAGUGGGUACUAUGGAAUGUGGAAUGGUGGACUAUGUUCGUCCUGUUAUAUUAGGUGGAAGUGACACGAAGAAAGGCGAAUGGCCGUUCAUAGCAGCCAUUCACAACGGAUCUAAAUACAUUUGUGGUGGAACAAUAAUCGCCGUCAAGCACAUACUCACAGCCGCUCAUUGCAUUCAAAAAAAGAAUUCCGAAAUCGAACUAUUACCGCACGAAGUGGUAGUUCGGCUUGGAGCAUACAACCUCACUGACACAAACGAGACGGGAGUAAUUCACAGAAAUGUUGCUGAUAUUUUCAUACAUCCUGAUUGGGAUGCGUUUGAGAGAAGAUUUGACGCGGACAUUGCAAUUCUGGUGCUUACCAAAAAUAUCACAUUCAACUACAAUAUUCAACCUGUUUGUAUGCCGUCAGCCAAUGGUGUUACCGGUAAUAUGGUAGGUACCGUCGUUGGAUAUCGCUUCCUGAAAAGUAAGAAAAUUCACGCUGAAAUUCCUCGGAGAAUUGUUGUACGAGCAGUAAGUAGUUCGCACUGUUUUCGAGAAGAUGAUGCUGUCAGACCCUAUACAUCAGAGCGUACAUUCUGUGGAGGAAAUGGCGAUGGAAGCCCUGAUCAAGGUGACUCUGGCAGUGGAUACUUUUUUACACCUGGAUUUUCCUGGGCUCAAUACGGACUAGUGGCAGUUCUUCGUACAAACUCAACUGGCCAUGUCUUUUUGAAUGGAUUUCACGUUUACACAAAUCUGACAAUGUUUAAAGAUUGGAUAAUUGCAACUGUGAAUCAGACGGGGGGAGUUGUGGGUGAAGCCAGAAUGAGUAUUACAAUGAACUGUGAAUAUGGCUACAGUAAAUUUAAGGGCACAACUGAAACAAUUUACACUUGUAGGCUGUAUGACAUUGAAAUUGAGGGAAAUGAUUUCGAAACAGAUUCGUUCACCGGUUUACACUUUCACGAUCGAUACGAGAUGGACGUUGAGGAGAUUCAUUUUGUAAAUGGAACAAUGUCCCAUCUUCCAAGUGGAUUCGGACUAUUUUUCGUAAAUAUCAAGAGCCUAAUUGUAGGAGAAUCUGUGUCUGUUUCAGCGUCACUGGGUACCAAAGUAGUCAGACGAUCAGAUUUACGGAAUUUGCGAAACUUGCAGGACUUGAGUUUCCUUCGGAAUGAUAUUGAGACUCUGCACGAAGACGCUUUGUGGGAUCUUCCACAUUUGAUGUCCAUUGAAUUCAGUGGAAACAAACUGAAAGCGCUUUUUAACGAAACGUUUUCCAAAAACGUAAUGCUCGCUACAGUCGACUUUCAUUCAAACCAGCUAACUUUUCUGCCCGCUAAUUUAUUCCGAAACAAUCCAAUAUUAUUCAUAGUCAAUUUCGAAGGAAAUUUACUCAGAACGAUCGAUGAGAAAAUCUUUGAACUAAAUGCGAGACUGCAAAUGGUUUAUUUCGACACAAACCGUAUUGAAACAUUGCCCAAAUAUUUGUUCAAACACAAUUUAUUCUUGCACACAGUUUAUUUCCAAAACAAUUCGUUGUCGUCACUGGACGAACAUUUAUUUGAAACGAAUGCAAACUUGCAGAGAGUAAAUUUCAUGUAUAAUCGAAUCGAGUCGAUACCUCGGGCAAUGUUUCAAAGAAAAAGGAGGCUACACAUUGCUGAUUUUCGAAACAAUGGUCCGAAUGACUUUUUGAAGUUACACCGAAAAUAGGUAUUUUGUUACGAACAGUUUAUUUUGCAUGAAGUCAAUGCACUUCAAGCGAAAGUGAUCAUAGCCGACACCUCUAUAUAUUACGCUAUUAUACUAAGACUAAGUUCUAGUACUCUAUUUUCGUAUGCCACUCAAUUAGUGAUCCACUCAUGCUUGAAGUGGUUUCAUGAAGUGUUAAGCCUUAGUAGUAGUUAGAGAUUUUUGACAUGU